GCGCCGGAGCAGAGCAGGGGAGCCCUGGCAACAAGGAGAGACACAAACUCAGCAGCCCGUUACACCCAACAGGAAUGGUAACAGCACCUGCAGACAGACAGACGUGGACAGUCGGCGCAGGCACCCGGAACGCUUCCCUCCCAUCGGUGGAGAGAUCCAGACUUCACACCAAGAAUUGCAGCUUCAGUCGGUUGUCAGCUCUCAACUGAGCAGCAGGCUCCACCUACUCCGCCCAAGUAGCUCUGCCUCCUCUGCUCAGGGAGUGCUGAGUCCCUGAGUCAACACACUGCAUUCUGGGAUAGUCUGGAACCCUCUCCAUGGGCUGUACCACCUGCUGACAAACCAGGGGGGUCUGGAGGAGUUGUGUUGAAUGAGGUUUGUGCUGGGUGUGUGCAGGCUUGCUUUUGCAAGGAAAUGAUUCCGCAUGAAGUGCGACGCACUCGGCCCCCCGUCGUCCUCGGCGGCAGCAGCAGGUGCGACGUCGUGACUCUCUCCCCUACAACACUGAGCUCACCCUCCAGCCGCUAAAGACCUCUGGACCAAACAGACCGCCCUACCCCCCCUCCCCUUUAACCACCCCUCCAUAUCUUCAUCUCCAUCUUUAAUCCUUCCUCACCUUGCUUGUUAGGGCCUGGAUUUUCUUUGUUAUCAAGACCUGAUAAUCAACGGCCUUGGGUGAACUGGAUAGAGAGGGAAAGAGAGAAAAGAUUGGGAAGUUAAUACAUAGCUAAUUAAAGCGAGGCAAGGGACAAGAACAUCAAAAGUGAGAACAAGAGACAGGAAGGUGAAGUAAAAAGUCAGAGUGGGAGAGAACAAAAAAAAGACAAAAAGCUUUAGAAGUCAAAAAGUAAAGAAAAGAUAUAGCAAGUACUGCUGAGGGACAUCAGGCAGAGUCAGCAUGAAGUCCAACCAGGAACGCAGUAAUGAAUGUCUGCCCCCAAAGAAGAGGGAGAUCCCCUCUAGCACAUUACCUUCUGACAAUCGCUCACCAACCAUCCCACCUGCCAGCGACAGCCAGCGCACAGAGAACAUGGCCUGGCUUGCCAGCGUGGCUGGUGGGAAUGAGAGUGGCAUGGGUGGACACCGUAGCUCCAGUCAGUCUGACGGCCUCCAAUAUAAAUCCCUUUUCUCCACAUCAGACUCCUCAUCCUCCUCUUCCUCGCUGAGGCUAGUCUCAUCUCUUCCUACGGUGUACACGUCCUCCCUGCCACAGUCCACAGUUGGAGGAACUGUCCAUUACGCCCAACUGCCCCCCAACCUGCAGUUUAUAGCCUCACCCUACACCGCCCCGUACGCAGGCUACAUCUCCCCCCAACUACUUCCACCUCCUCCUCCACCUCCCCCCCUCUCCUCCUCGUCCUCCUCUCUGGCCGCACAGAGACACUCACACACAGAGACGGUCUCCGCUCCUUCACACGCUUCCAAACACGACCAGCAGAGAGCAUCCACGGGGCGCACCUCCAUGCCCCCCCCUUCUACAGACCCUGCCCCUCACCACGUUCUAAUGUCAACUUCCCCACGGACUGUGCCGUCACCGCAUCACCAAGCAGGCAUCCACCUUCCUCCCCAGUCACUGCAUCACCACCACACUUUAGGACAUGGGAUGUCCCAGCUUGUGGUGCAGUACACGGACGGACCCACUAGGAAAGAGGAAGGUGCAAGACCCAGAGAGCUCCACAAUGGAGAGCUGGAAAGGGGGCGGCGGUUUGGAGCGUCCCCAGAGUCCAGCCUCUCUAAGCCGGUGAGCAAAUCAAGGGACGCCACUUCAUCUUACGAGACCCGCCAGCUGGUUGUGCAUUCAGACUACUCUACCCACGAUCCCUCAGGGCUGAGAACCUCACUCAUGCUAAUGCCCAACAGCCAUGGGGACCACCAGCUGGUACCUCCUAGAGCCAGCCCUGAGAAGCUGACAACCUCUGCCUCCGCACACCUGGAGAAAGGUGGCAUCAUCCUGGGCAAGCCUGUCAAUCGUACACCCUCCUCCUCCAACACCACCUCCUCUUUCACGUUUCCACCCCCAUUAAGUGUCGACAGCCUGAAAGCUGCUGUCAGCACCGUGUCACCCCAGACCGUUAUCCACACCACCCACAGCGCCACAGAGUCACUGUCCAUGGGGCUCCCCUCCACCAGUAUCUACCCUCAGUCACCCAUCAUUGGAUACAUCGCAGGGGGCAGUGGGAGCCAGCAUACGCCAAUCAGCUACCACACCAGCCUACAACAACACUUACUCAUUCCUGGCGCCCAACAGGUCAUUAUCCCUGUUAGUGGAGGCGGAGUCACCGCGGUGGAACCUGUAACCUCCCACGUAACAUCAACCACACAAGCUGCACCGUUUCCUAACACACUCCCACACACAUACAUCGCUGCCACUGCCCCCAAAGGAGAAACACUAGAAUCCGCCAGUGGCUCGUAUCAUCAGGCCGCUCCAGGUGCAGUGGUCCAAGCCCAGCUCCAUCUCCCCAUUGUACCCGCUCCGCCGGGGCUGGUGGCUCCCUCUGCUCCUCCUCCACCAUCCAGUGGGGUGGUGCCCCCCUCGCUUCCCCCGUAUUUCAUCAAGGGCUCUAUCAUCCAGCUGGCCGAUGGGGAGCUGAAACGUGUGGAGGACCUGAAGACGGAGGACUUCAUCCAGAGCGCAGAAAUCAGCAGUGAGCUGAAGAUCGACUCGUCCACGGUGGAGCGCAUUGAAGGGAGCCACACCUCACCCAACUUUGCUGUGGUUCAGUUCUCCGUUGGUGAGCACCGUGCACAGGUGAGUGUGGAGGUCCUGGUGGAGUACCCCUUUUUCGUCUUUGGCCAAGGCUGGUCUUCAUGCUGCCCCGACCGGACCACCCAGCUUCUGGAGCUGCCUUGCACCAAGCUCUCUGUUGGCGACGUUUGUAUUUCACUUACCCUGAAGAACCUGAGGAACGGAUCCCUGAAGAAGGCUCAGGCCCUGGAGCUGGCCACCCCUGCGUCUGUCCCAGCCUCCAGCCACGGGCACCUCAAACCCCCCCGAGCUGUCUCAGACGCUCCCCAGAGCUGCAGUGGAGGAGGCUCCAGGCACAGCGAGCGGGAGAACGGAAUCAGCCAGCGAGGGAGGGACAGAAGUGGGAACGGGAGCGGAGGGAGCACCAAUGUGGAAAACGGGGAUCUCAUGUUUGGGGAAAGAGGGUCAGUUAAAGGUCAGGUAGCCAGCAGCGCAAAAGCUGGCUCCAGUAAGCCAUCAGGAGGCAGGAAGCGGAGAUGGUCCGCGCCGGAGGGUCGAAAAGUAGAAAAAUCAGAGGAGGAGCCGCCCUUGACCCUGCCUAAACCUUCUUUCAUCCCUCAUGAGGUGAAAGUAAGCAUUGAGGGAAGGUCAAAUAUUGGCAAGUGAAGGCUAGCAGGUCAAUAACCAUUGGGAUUUUGGAGAAAAAAAACAACAUAAAAGGAUUCUACAAAAAAACACGAAUGCCCACAUUAAUGUUUCAUUUGUCUUGGUUUUAAAGUUUUCCGUUUUUAUUUUUCUAUCUUGAGUACUGUAGAGGUAAAUUUACCCUACAUGGUAUCACCUUAAGUCCGUGUAGUUAGUAACACUUUUUUUUAAUAGAUGGAUUUAAUAUCACACAAGCAAUCAGUGCCGUUUUGGUGGUUUUCAUGAGAUGACUUAUGGUGAGGGAUUUGCGAGGCGUGCUAAAUGUCUAUUGGUGGCUGUGUGGCACACGGGAGCAGUGCUUGAUGGAUCUUCUUGGCUGGCUACACAUUAUGUAAAUUUCAAAUUGAAUUAACUCACAGUUUGGCUCCUGGCAGCGUUUUCACUCCCUGUGCGCUGCUAGUGAGACUGUGUGGACGGAAACGCCUUCCCACCACCUCUUGCUGCGCCAGUGGUUUUACACAGGAGUCAGAUAACAUCGUGGCAUGAAGGAUUUGUGGGAGAGAUGUUCUAAAUCACAGUUGGAAAAGCAUUAUUCUUUGUCUGGAGUAUAAAUAUAGUUUUCACAGUGUCUUCAGGGUGUGCCAGUCCUGACCAGUGAUGCCAUCAAGUGGUGCCAGUGUGCCGCACAAAAGAGAGGGAACAACACUUAACUCUGUUCAGUUUUCAAUUCAUCUUGAGCAUUUUUCUUUUUUUUUUCGUAAACCCCUCGUCUUCUAUCUCACCAGAUAGUCUUUUUCAAUGAUUGUCAAAAACCUUAAUCAGGGGUCAUUUUAGAUUGAACCUAGGUGGGUCAAUGUUAAUGUACAAUAAAUGUGAGAUACCCUAACCUAAUACAUACAAGUGCAAACACACUGGGUUGGUGAACUUCACUUUGAGAAAAUGUCAAGAGGAAGACUGCAUACAAUCCUCAUCGUUUUUUUGAUGAAUUACUUUAUAUAUUUUUUUACGGAGAGAGGCUGUGUGAGAGGAACCGAGAGAAUCUGCACGUCAGUUCGGGAGAGGGUCAGGAUGUUUCAAAGCACUUAACACACCUGUCACACUCACCAUACAGCCGACAAAAUGUUUUGUUGUCUCUUUAUUUACGCAGUACUGUAUGUUUUUAGAUAUUUUAAAAAAAAUUUAGACAAGGGUAGAGAGUAGCAACAGCACUUUGGAAAGGUGAAGCUUUUUUUGGAAAAGUGAAGGGGUGGUUUGGUAACGUGGGAGUGGAUGUGCCAUGGGAUCACAAAGAAAGGGAUGAUUGGAGAACAUUUCCAGUUAGUAGAUGGUUUGAGAAACAUUUAUGAUGACAAAAGGAAUUAUGACGGGUUUUCAGCAUGUUGCUCGUACAGCCAGCCAUGCAGACGUCAGGGGAAAGUAUUUGAACGUGUUUUGAAAGUUCGGAAUCUGGCAUGAGGAUUAACAAGGAUCAGGCUUUUGAAAUAUCCCAACGAUGUUCCGUUAGACCGAGAGCAUCGAUGAGAAGCUCACGCCACAUAAUUUUGAAGGGUGUCAUAUGUUUGUAAUGUGUGUGUGUGCUAGAGUGUGCAUGAUGCUGGUCCAUGUCUGUCUGUACACACAUGCUUACACACACAUGCUUACUCACAAACACCUAUAAUAUGUACUGUAUUUAUGCUUUGUGGUGCAUAUUGUCCCUACUGCAAAGACACUAGUUGACUGACAUUGGAUUGAUGCACACUGCUAACAGUACAGUUGUAGAGAGUGCUCUGUGGUGUGUUUGUGUACGUGUGUGAGUUUGCGUGCGAGUGUAUGUAUAUUGUGUGUAGGAAAAGGUUAAACGAUAUAUAGAAAAUGCUAAAUGUCCAGUGUUUCUACUUGGAGUUGUACUUAGGAGAAUCUUGCAAUUUGCACAUCAGGAGGAGGGAGAAAAGGUGGAGACGUGAUUUUUGUUUUAUUUUUUAUUUUCAACUGCCCUGUCCUGAAACGAGCCCUAGACCACGUAACACACUGGAGGAGACCAGGGUUUUUGUUCUUCAACAGGCACAUUGUAGGGGAAAAGUUCCUACAUCAACGCAGUUAAGGCCAAAUUACAUUUGAAUUUUUACAAACAUAGCUGUAAACAAGAAUUUUAACACGUGCCUGCCUACUGAAUUUACUGACUUUGAAGAUAUACAAGUAGUAGUGUAUCUGAAGGAAAAUUUUGACUUUUUCAUCCACUUUUCCUGCUGUUGAAACCAGGGUGUAGGGACUAGGGUUAUGUUUUGAACACGGCCUGUGCUUUCAGCUGAAACCCUAUUCUGUUAACAUGCAGCAAUUACCUCAACAGAUAUGCCUGCUUGGUUGGCCCGACAUUUAGAGCUUUGUAAGCGACUGAGUCAGAAGUUGAACAUCCUCACAGGCUCUCUCUGGCAUAUAAAACCCCACAUUUUGUUCUUUUCCUGAGUUUGGUGUUCCAUGUGUAGUGUGAAGUGUGGGGGGGGCUGACCUGAAACCAGUGGAAAGGAAAAUUCAAAACAAGAUCUCUUUUUUGUCCAGUCUCCCUAGACCAUUGCUUCCCAACUGGUCCACUCACAGUGUCCAGAUUUGUCUGUAGUCAUUUAUGGUCCACACGUUAUAAAUAAUCAUGUAUUCAAUUUGAAUUCAGAAAUCUAAACAACACAUUGGCAUAGAACGCAAACACAGAAGACAUGUUGCAAGAAUAAGCAGAAACUUCACAAUAAAAGUUUUUAUUUGACUGAAACAAUUAGCUCUUAAGAGAAAUAUAAGAUCCGAAAGCAGGGUUUAUUGGCUUAUUUAUUAGCCUUCACAUUUUCAAGUGUCAACUCUGUGUAUUUUAUCUGUUCUCUCUUUGGGAUCAGUAAUCUCCACCAUAAUUUUCCUGUGGGAAUGCUUCAAAGCUUCACUCUUUGCCAUGGUAAUCAAAAUAUAUGUGCAUUACUGCAAAAAAUCCCCUCAGUUAAGUCAGCAUUCAUUAUUUUUAGUUACAGUCAGACAAGGACAUUUAAGCUAAGUGAUAGUUUUGUAACACUGAUUUUUUGUCAUCUAACUUUAUUCCCUAGCAGUCCAGCACUACUGAAACGACACAGUUUGAUCAAAUGUGAUAUUCUUUCAAACACUUCAGCGAGAUGUCAAAAAAGUUUCUGCAAUGAUUUAAAAAUUUACAACGAUAACCCCCAAAUUCGAGUGCCAGAUACACCACAGAAAUUUGGUGUGUCAAAAUCUGUAAGUAAAUGCUUAGCUAUCUUACAAAGAAUUCUUUUUUUUCUAGCUACCACGGCUGAUGUGCAGCAUCCGUGCUAACAAAGCAUCUAAUUUUCACUGAUUAUGACUGAUGUCCUUGUCUUUCAUCACAGCAACAACAAAAAAAAAAAACACACUACCACCACCAAAGCUUCAGUCAGUGGCAAAUCUUUCUCAAUUAAGCCUCAAUGUCCCAAAAACUGGUAUUCGGAACAGCCCUAGUGUGUUUCAGUCACAAUCCCUAUAAUGCUUAUUAAAAAAGUGUAGUUCAUUGGUUCCCAACUGGUGGGUAGCAGUCCAAAAACAGGUCACAGGUCCAUUCUGAAUGGAUAGUGAAUUUCUAGCACAAAGCUUUUAUUUUGAAGUGCUGUUUUCUGCAGUAGAGUGAAUGAAUAACUGACAGCUACUUUGCAGCGACAGCAAACUAGCUCGAUGACAUGGCCAAAUGCAAGUAUGAUGCUGAAUAUAUUUAACUGUGUGGACCUUGACUAAGAACAAAUUUGGACUUUGUGGCUGGACCAGUCCGUCUCUAAUGUCAGCGUAACUGAGACAGACUGAUGAUGAUAUGUUCUGCAUAUGAGAAAAAAAAUGAGGUGAAAUCAGUGAUGGUGGACAAUGUGCUCGGAUUAUAUGAUGCCAUUCAACCACCUGCAUGUGACAUUUCAGCGUGAUCAUGCACAGCAGUUAGAUCACAUGCAGGUUACUGGCACAGUAGUGUUGUUAGGGAGGUGGAGAAGAUGAGGCUUCCUGCGGGCAUAUCUGUUGAGCUUUCCGCUCAGACUCUGUUUUAAGAUGAUGUUAUACAACAGAGUUGUUUUUGAAAAGUGGAUCAGGCGUAUUUUCAUCCCACUGAUAAUAUUUAGCUGUGUGGGGCUACCCUGUUUCAGGUGGUGGGAGUUUACCAGGGUGAUGGCAGGAUAGAUGUGUGCUCAGAUGGUUGAGGAAUGGAUGGAUAGAUGGUUGAGUAAAUGGGCAGUUGGAUAGUGAUGGUGAGUGAAUGAGUAGACCCCAUAUGAGAUUUGAAAAUGCUUUAUUUUUUUAUAAUAAAACAGGGUUUCUCAGAUCAACACCACCACAGUUGUACAUUUUCAUUUCCUCCUUUUCCUAUUGAAACAUCACGAUCAUUACUGAUAAAAAUAGUCGUAUGUGUGCAUGUUUUGCAAUCUGUGUGGCUGUAUGUUUUGUAAAUGUACAUACAUGUCCAUUUUAUUUUUUGUCCAACCCCCUUCCCAACAAAUGAAAAAGCAGAACCACAACAUCGAAACAAACCUGGUCUGCUCCUCAGACCAUCAAAACUUUUACUGUCAGUCAGGUUCAAAACAUUUUUAGCCAAAGCCAAGUGAUGCUGACGUUGCUUUGGUCACUUUAGAAAGCAAUAUGUGACUAUAUUCAGGCACUCUUCUCGCAUAUGAGUGAAACACACACACACACACACACACACACACACACACACACACACACACACACACAGUCAUUCACUCUAAUUCUCUGCAAUAAACAUUUAACAAUAAUGAUCUUGCAUUACAACCAAAACUUCCUUCCCACAGAGAAAAUACGAUCUUGCCAUAUACAGGAAACAUUUCCAGAAGCUAAUAUACCUGAACACAACUCAAAUCAGUUAGCACUAUUCCCCUUCUCAUAAUUCAAAUCUUAGAAAAUUGCAGUUGCAACAGUAGCUGCUAGCUUUUCAGGGAAGUGUCUCAUAUAUGCAGUAACUGACCCCCGAAACCUCCGCUGUUCCAGCUGGUCAGAGUCAUAAACUCUGUUGCAGGUGAGCAUGAUGUCACUUACCCCCAUUGCAUAAAAAUGAAGCCAAAAUAUCCUGUAUACAGCCACUGCCAAAUUGCACUGGUGACAUCAUUUGGAGCCAGAGUCUGGGCAGUAGCAACGUCUGCACUGGUUGUGUUCCCGUCCGACCAAUCGCUAGCAGUGACAUUGAUCGUGAGCAACAUUGAUUGGCACACAGCUGUCAGUCAUGACGUCAAGUCCCCUUUUUAUAUCAUCUAAUAACUAAUUAAAGCCAAACUUAGAAAAAUAAACACCUGAACAAACAUAAGGGUGAUAAGAAUGACCUAAAAUGACAAAGCCCAUUUUUGGGGGAAAGAUUUGAUGCUUACAUAGAUUUUUUAAUUUGGUCCAUUCACUAACAUGGAGGGGAUGGGGUUUAUGACCCUUACUGCAGCCAGCCACCAGGAGGCGAUCAAGAUGUUUUGGCUUCACUUUCGGGGAGCUGUCAUGUCCAUCUUGUUUCUGCAGUCUAUGGACAUAACCAGCAGACGUUUGACUCCGCCCAGUAUUGCCACGUUGCCACGACUCCCGUAGUGACCUCGUUAACUUUGUUUCAGGUACCCAAUCAUAGCCAGCCAGCCUCGCACCUCCUCCUGAGGCAAAGCAAUCGAUUAACCCUCAAACAACCGUUAGCUACCUUUAAGCGUGGCCUGGGCCGCCUGUUCCCCUCCUAACAUCGUCUUUUGAUAUUCGGUCUCCUUUUCCGCUUCUAAAGGUCACUGUGUUUAUACUUGAGUGGAAAUGCAUGCUUAGUAAUAGUCUAUGAGACAAAGCAAUCUGAAAUGUAGACACAUUCUGAAUGCAGGAGAGGGAACGGCACAUCACAGCAAGGUUUCAACAUUUUUUGGAGGGUUUGGUGUAGUUUUAAUUUUGUUCACAUCAUCCAAACCUUUUUAUCCCCUUGAAAUGUACCACAAUGUGCAAUACUUAAAUAUUGUUUCCAACCCCUUUGCUGUGCCAAGUGUAUGUAGCAUAGUCCUACUCCAGUGUCUCAUCCUUGUUGUGUAUUUUACUGUCUGUCGAUGUGUGUGUCACAUCUGUAAAACAAGACUUUGUGAAGAGAAACAACGGAGAGUUUGUCCGUACCUCUCUUUCCCCUUUUGUCCUCGUGGCCUUCCUAAAUUUGAGUGUGUGUUUUGGUGUGUGUGUGUCUGCACCAUGUGUCGUUUGUGUGUGUGCUUAUGUACACCUGGUGUUCAAACGUGUGUGAGCGAGUUAGGGUUUGAGCGUAUGUGUGUGUGUAACGGAGUGUUUUCUCCUCAAAUCGUCUGUGAGAUCAUAAACCCUGACCCUCGACGGUUCACGGUGAGACCCACAGAAAAAAAAGAAACCUCAUUGCUUUAGUGGGGACCACUUUUUGUAAAAAAAAGGAAAAAAAGAAAAAGGACAAAAAAAACAAAAACAACCAACCAACAGAGAUGCACAUGUAAGUAGAUGUAAAAGACUUGAUAAUGUUUCAGCACUUUCUAAUCCUAGGACGGGCUUGGUCUAACCCCUCUGUCUCAGACCGAUACCUUCCCUAGGGGCAACAUUCAUUCAAAACAGACAGAGAGAAUGAGAAUGAAAAAAGGGGGUGAAUAAGGAUGAAAAAGAGAGAUGGCUCAGUUUAAGUUUUUGCACAUCACCUUGCCGUAACCUUGUGUUUAUCUGUCUGUGCUCCAUCUCGCUUGGCGCCCGGCGCGUUCUUGGGUCCAACGGGCCGAGGUGUUAGGUGGUUCCUUGGUUCUUUUCUACUAGGAAAACCUUUUCUCAUGGAAUGCAUCCCUUCUUUUGUUGUGUUCGGGUUUGUUUGGAAUCUUUUCCGCCAUGCACCAACCACGCUGUGCCGUUAAUUAGGUUUUCUUUAGUUCAAAUUUUGAGAUCUAAUUUGGUAGACGUGUUUGCGAGGCGCAGCUCGGUUUGGUCGUGCGGUGCGAAAACGGUGCGUACAAACCUUUUGCUUUGUUUGCAUUAUCUUUGGUGCAGGAGCUUUUUCUGUGUUUUUGGUCCCCUUGUAGCACUCAAUAUAAUGUCAGGGGACUGAAAACUAUGUAGAGAAUGUGUCAUUGUUGUUUUUAUGACAAGCUUCCUCACUGGAGGAACACUGCUAAUGUCGUCUUUUUUUUCUUUUUUUUUUUUUUUUUUAAAUUGGCUUCUUGCACAAUUUUACAAAUAAAAUGAAUGUUGGUGUGUGAGCUUUGACUUUUCGAUCAGAAAAAAAGCAUGUGUGCUCUUUGUUUCUUGAUGUAUGUACUUUCAUUUUUGCAAAAGGAUGUUUUUGGCACUUUGUUGUGUUUUAAAAGUGAACAGAAUUCGAUCAGGAUUCCUUUUUUUUUUUUCAUUUUUUUUUUUUUGUAUGACGUCUCGUCAAUGUCCAUAGCGCUGGAUAACCAACUCAGGCAGAAAGAAAAAAAAAAAACUUGUUAGAGGCCCACUUAACAGUUUAGUUUCACCCCAAUCAAUUUACAUAGUGGGCUGUUUCAUAUGGGUUAUAAGAUAUGUAAAUUUAUUACAUAUGAUUUGAUAUGAUUAACAAAUGUCAUUAUUGACAAUUAACUAUGAUUUAUUAUUAUGAUAUUAUGUGUAUUAUGCUGGAGAUGGCUUGGAUUACUCUUCAGUGUACUGAACGUCGUUGUUCUGCCGCUCUGUGCAAGGCAACUAACACUUCAGCAGGGGACAGGCUGUAUGGUUCUUGACCUCUGACCCUGCCCACUGCCACGGAGGGGGCGGAGCUUAUCUGUCAGCUGUGGCUCAGUUGAUUCCUCCCCCUGUUCUGAACACUCAGCCCUGAGGCUAGCAACUCGUCUGUGUAGAUGUUUCUCUGCUAACUUGUGACACCAAGUACUGAACUGAAACUUUUUGGCCCCAUGAAACGGUAGCAGAGAACUGGACAUCAGCACAGACCUGCUCGGACAGUCUGGCCUGCAGGGGGCCGCAGCAGUUCCCAGCCAACUUGUUUGUACUAUAUUGUACUCACCAAGUCCCUGUGUCUCACCACCCCUUUCCUCUAUAGAAAUGGAGAAACCCUGUUGGUGUAUGUAUUUGACAUCUGUACAAAUGCACCUCUUUGAAAAAAAGAAAAUGAAACCUUGACAUAUCUGGAA